CUGAAGGAGGAGGGAGGGCAAGUGGGAGGAGAGAAAGAGAAGGAGGGAGAGAAAGGAAAGACAGAAAUAGUCACACACAGAAGCGCAAAACAGACUGUCAAGGAAUAUCUGUCAAGGAAUCAUUUUCCUUCCCGUUGAGUCACUCUAUAAUCUUCCUCCUCCAGCAUGCCUUUGUUCUUCCUCCUCUCCUUCUCUUUUUUUUUUAUCUCAACUUGAACUAUUCAUGCAUUAAAUUUUGAAUGCAUCUUUCUCCUCUCCCUGACUCUCACUGUCUCUCUUUCUCCAUCUCUCUAUCUGUCUUCCUCCCUCCCUUCUCCUCACCACCUGUUAGUCUUGAUUCUCUCUUCACCGGUAUUUCCAGUUUUAUGGGGGAGUUUCACACUCGCUAUUACUAAGGGAAAACCAGUGGAAGCUUUAAGACACGGAUCAGUGAGCACCGCAGCAAUAUACGGACAGCCCUAUGACUGUGCGAAAGGGAAACAAGCGCCUGACCAUCUCCAUCCAGGAACACAUGGCCAUUGACGUCUGUCCCGGGCCAAUCCGCCCCAUACGACAGAUCUCUGCCUACUUUCCCCGCCUCUCGCCCACUUCCUCCAUCUCUGAGUUGAAUCCAGCCAAUCCAUCUGGGUUUCCCGCCACGCUCAGCCCCAGCAGCGGAGGAGGGGCAGUAGGGGGAGGAGGAGGGGGCGGCGGUGGCCUGUUGUCCCCACUGUUGGCGGGGGCAAUGGGAGACGGCGGAGGGGGCACGUUGUCGGCCAUGGGUAGCAUGGACACAUCAAUCGAGAUUGACAGCUGUGACAGCGAUGACAGCACCGCCUUGGGGACAUUGGAGUUUGACCUGCUGUAUGAGCGAGCCACCAGCUCCUUACACUGCACCGUAAUCAAAGCCAAGGGUCUGAAGCCGAUGGAUUUCAAUGGCCUGGCCGAUCCUUACGUCAAGCUGCACCUGCUCCCGGGAGCCUGCAAGGCGAACAAACUGAAGACCAAGAUCGUGCACAACACCCUGAACCCUGUGUGGAAUGAAAGACUCACCUACCUGGGCAUCACAGAGGAGGACAUGUACAGAAAGACACUCAGGGUGUCUGUGUGUGACGAGGACAAGCUGACGCAUAACGAGUUCAUCGGAGAGUCGCGGGUGGCCCUGCGCCGCGUGAAGCCUGACCAAACCAAACGCUUCAACAUUUGUCUGGAACACCCACCGCCCCUUCCCUCCCCUUCUGCAAUGAGUGCGGCACUGAGAGGCAUUUCCUGCUACCUGAGAGAGUGGGAGAGUGAACAGCAGAGGAGUCUGGAGGAGAGGGGUCGUCUGCUGCUCUGCCUGCAGUUCCUCCCCACGUCCAGUGUGGUCGAUAAGGCCAAAGGGGAGGAGAGGGCCCACGGAGGGCUCUGUGUGGGUGUGCGACGCUGCGCCCACCUAGCCGCCAUGGAUGUCAAUGGAUUCUCGGACCCCUAUGUCAAAACGUACCUCAAGCCAGACCUGCAGAAGAAAUCCAAGCAUAAAACAGCCGUCAUAAAAAAGACUCUUAACCCAGAGUUUAAUGAGGAGUUCUUCUAUGAGAUCUCCUUCACGGAGCUGUCCACCAAAACCCUGGAGGUCACCGUCUGGGACUACGACCUAGGGAAAUCCAACGAUUUUAUUGGAGGCGUGUCCUUAGGCUGUCACUCACAAGGAGAAACUCUCCAGCAUUGGAUAGACUGUCUGAAGAACAAGGGCACAAAGGUGGAGCGAUGGCACACGUUGACCAAUGAGCUGCCUGGAUCCACAUUCCAUGAAUGAAAAUGGGCCAAUAAUAAUAUCUCACCACUGUACUGUUUUUGGCCAAAAUGUUUGGCUAAAUUGGGAUUAUGGAUGAAAAGGUGUUCAUCAUCGCAUGUUAUGAAGAUGUAUUCUGCAUGACUUGAACAUUUGAGUUCAGAAAGAAAUGGUAGGGGUGUGGGGUUAGUUGAGCCAAAGGGGUUAGUUAAGGCAUCCUUGUUUCUAAGAAACCAUACACAAAAUGUAUAAUUUGGCCAAAUACUUAGGAAGCGGUCAUCAUUUCAUGGAGUCUGUGAAGAAGGGUUUCCUAAACUCGGUCCUCGGGACCUCAAGGGGUGCACUUUUUUUUAUUCCCUAGCACUACACAGCUGAUUCAAAUAAUCAACUAAUCAUCAAGCUUUGAUCAUUUUAAUUAGCCAUGUAGUGUUCAGGCAAAAAAAAAAAAACAUGUACCCCUUGGCGUCCCGGGACCGAAUUUGGGAAACGCUGCUGUGAAGGAAGAAACCAGGAAAAAGUGUGACGCAAGUCAGGUCCCCAAAAAUGAUUUUCACCAAGUCAAAUGAAUAUGUGUUAGAGGUUUCAUGAUGCUUGUAUUUGAACCAAAGUAGAUCAUUUAAAGAUUGUUCUAUACAUCAGUUGGGGUCUUUAUGAGUUUCAAUAUGAGGUCCUAAACCUAGCAUGAAGUUCAUUCUUGUAGCUGUGUGGGCUAAUAUAGUCCAAAUGUUUACAUUUUGGGUAAGUGUUUUCUUCCCAGUCAUAAUGCAAGGCAUUAUCGCUGGGACAUGAGGUAAUAACAGGGCAUGGCCUAUGUUAAAAAUGCUUAAAAUGAUUCAAAGACAAAAAGUGCUUGUGAUUGUGUUGAAUUGUGUUUGGAAAAUAAAGAUAGACAUAGUUUUAAAAAGGUAGUGGUAAUAUUUCAUCCAGUACAGAAAUGUGCAGCUAAGUUUGUCCCGCAGCUCAACUUACCCCAUACCCAAUGUAAGUUGUACCAAGAGAUCACUUUUUUUGGGACAAACUAGGCUUUCAAUAUUGAAAUGAAUUCUGAUUAUUUCCAGGGAUACACAACAUCCUGAAAUAUAUAGAGAUAUCUUUGUUAGAAAAAUACUAUACUGUAUGUCCCUUGAUGGAAUGAGGCUGAAUGUAAAAAAUGGCACAACUUACACCACUCUCCCCUAACUGGAGAAUAUCUCCUUAUACUUAGGCUAUACAUAAUUAUCUUUCACGUUACAGAUGGCCAUAUCCAUUCUGUAUAUUUAAUUUUGCGCUCAGUGUUCAGAAACAUAGCGCCCGAGGCUACUGAAUAGACCUCCUGUGAAAAAGCCUAAUUAAAAUCAUGUAAAUCACAUCUAAGGAAGUGAAAAAAUGUAAUUAUUUUGUCAAUUUACUCCUCAUUAUUCAUACUGUUUCGUUUGUUUAUUCUUCUAAAAUUAGAUUUCGUUCUUUCAUUAACUUCUGAUUCGUCUUGACCUGGAAAAUAUCCCCCCGUAUUUCCCUUCUCACUGCGUGAAUACCUCUCCGACAGCAAUAACGUCUUGCCUAAUGCUUCCAAAGAAUUCUAAAUGGGUCUUAUUAGUAACAAACAUUUUCUAUCGACUGCUGUAACUGCCAUUAAAUUAUCUGCAAAUUAUAAUUCAUUUGAUUAAAUUAGUGCAAAGUAAUAAGACAGUUGGUUCUUUGCAUGUUUGAUGUAAUAAAAAAAACGUGACUCUCCUCCAGUUUUGGUGGAACAGACACAAAUGCUUGAAGAGCAUCAUUUCAGGAUGUAGGCCUACAUCUCUGUGCUGUUCCAUAUUUUCUCGAGUCACGUUGGGAUGAUUACCCUUGUAAAAUAAAUAUGUACUUUGUUCAAGUAAA